UGUAGUGAAGGCGAAGUCGAUUUCAGGAGGCAUAGUUACCGAUAGAAUUCCGUUUCAGGUGACGCCCGUCGGAUGUUUCCGAUGAAAUUGUGGCGAUCAACUGAAUUUUUCUACUAACCUCUAGCAAUAUCAUCGCCGCCGAUCUCAAUAUUCUCUUUCUGUAUCCACCGUGUAGAUCUUUGGCUGCCAUUUUUUUCUUUCUCGAUUCAAGGUACAGCCAUUUGUUUAGAUAUUGAUUCUCCAUUUACGCGCUGUGAUUCAAAGAUCUCUGCCUGGCCUUGUCUUUUGGAAGCCUGCCGAGUGUGUCAACGAGGUCUUACGGAGUGAUUUCUGAUGUGGUCUGAGCGCUGGAAUUAAGUAGUGGAACAAUGUCUUUGGAGGAAGGUGAUGUCAAUGAAACUCCCGAAAGUCGAGUGGAAGAGGGGACAAUGUCCGAGGAGCUAGAAUCCGGCGUGAAACAUGAGGGCAAUGGCCAUGUUGUCGUGGAAGACAGGGUUUCUGAUAGCCAAAAUUGCUCUGAUGAUCAUGAUGAGCUUGUACAAUUGGUUAUCGAUAUGAAAUCCCAAAAUGAAUACUUAAAGUCUCAGUUGGAAAGCAUGAAAAAUCUGCAAAAUGUGGAGAAUGUGCCUGAACGAGAAGAAGAAAUUGGUUCCAGAGAUGGAGAAUCCGUUGAUUUGAAAGAACUUCAAGAAAGAAUUGAGUCUUUGAGUAAAGAACUUUCGGAGGAAAAGCAGACACGAGGUGCAGCAGAGCAAGCUUUGCAGCAUCUCCGAGAAGCCCACUCAGAAGCAGAUGCAAAAGUUCAUGAACUUUCUGCAAAGCUCAUUGAAGCUCAACAGAAGUUGGAGCAAGAAAUAAAAGAACGUGAUGAGAAAUAUUCUGACCUGGACUCAAAAUUUAGCAGGCUACACAAACGAGCUAAACAACGUAUUCAAGAUAUUCAGAAGGAAAAAGAUGACCUUGAGGCUCGAUUUCGUGAUGUUAAUGAACGAGCAGAGCGUGCAACGUCCCAGCAGACUGCACUGCAACAAGAAAUAGAACGCACUCGGCAACAGGCCAAUGAAGCAUUGAAAGCAAUAGAUGCAGAGAGACAACAAUUAAGAAGUGCAAACAAUAAGCUUCGAGACAACAUAGAAGAAUUGAGACACUCGUUGCAGCCUAAAGAAAUUGCAAUUGACGCAUUGCAGCAGUCCCUUGCAGAGAAGGACCAGAUGCUGGAAGACAUGAAGAAUAUGCUUCAAGCUGCUGAGGAGAAAAGGCAAGCUUCACUAGCUGAGCUUUCUGCAAAACAUCAGAAGAGCUUGGAGAGCUUCCAAAUGCAACUUUCUGAUGCUUUAUCUGAUAGAAAUAAAGCUACAGAGACUAUUUCUUCUCUACAGGAAUUAGUUGCAGAGAAAGAAUCAAAGAUUGCUGAGAUGGAUGCAGCAUCAAGUGGUGAGGCUGCAAGACUUAAAGCUGCUGUGGAAACUGUAAAAGGAGAGCUUGCUCACCUCAGAAAUGAACAUGAGAAAGAAAAGGAGACAUGGCAAGCUGCUUCAGAGGCACUUAAAAUGAAGUUAGAGAUUGCUGAGAGCAAUUGCAUACGUGCUGAAAUUGAAGCUGCUAAAAUGAGGAGUCAGCUGGAAUUGGAAGUUUCUGCAAAAGCCCGGAUGUUGAGUGCAAGAGAUGCUGAACUACUGACUGUCAAAGAGGAGAUGAAUCGCCUGGAAAGUGAAUUUUCUUCAUACAAGGUUCGUGCUCAUGCACUUCUACAGAAGAAGGAAGCAGAGCUAGCGGCUGCUGUGGACUCUGACCAAAUUAAAGCUCUUGAGGAAGUGCUGAAGGAGGCUGAAAAGGAAAUCACGUUGGCAUAUGCUGAAAAGGAACGGGUUCAGCUAGAUCUUCAAAAUGCGUUGGAAAAUCAUGAUAAAGAACUCAAAGAAAGAGAUUCAGCCCUCAACGACGCUGAGCAAAAUAUUAAGAGCCUAGAAAAGAGGCUUGAAUCUGCUAAUUUGCACCUUCAUUCAGAAAAGGAAGCUUGGGAACAGAGCCUCCAAAACUUGGAGGAAUCAUGGCGAAUAAGAUGUGAAGCUCUGAAAUCUCAGUUUGAAGAAUCCUCUAGGCAAGAUGUAGAAAAGGAAUUUGAAGAGCUGAAACGAGGGUAUAAAAGAUUAAAGGAAGAGCACAAUUCAUUCCGAGAUCUUGCUGAUAGAAUGAUUGAGGAAAAGGAUACAGAAAUUUCUAGGCUUUUAGAUGAUAACAAGAAUCUUCGACAAUCUUUGGAAUCAAAGCCUCCCGCAGAUCAAAUUGAUAAUAUUGCAGUCACUCAAAAACAGGACUCUUCAAAUUUGAGCGCCUCUAUUGCAGAACAACAGAUUCUGCUUUUAGCAAGGCAGCAGGCUCAGAGAGAAGAGCAACUAGCCCAAUCACAGCGCCAUAUCUUAGCCCUUCAAGAAGAGAUUGAGGAGCUUGAACGUGAGAAUCGUCUGCAUAGCCAGCAGGAAACAAUGUUAAAGGCUGAGCUUCGUGAUAUGGAAAGAUCACAGAAAAGGGAGGGUAUUGACAUGACAUAUCUGAAGAAUGUCAUCUUGAAGCUCCUUGAAACCGGUGAAGUAGAAGCUCUGCUACCUGUGGUUGCCAUGCUUCUCCAGUUUAGUCCAGAAGAGAUGCAAAAAUGUCAACAAGCAUAUCGCAGCACGACGGAUGUUCCUCCAAGCCCUGCUGGUGAUUCAGGAUCCGCUCGCUCUCUUUUCUCAAGAUUUUCAUUUACGUGACAGAUGAGAGGAAGGAAGCCUCCGGAAAGUUUCUCAGCAUAAAAUUUAAAACGUCUGCUACUGUGGUUGAACAAAUGUUCUUUUUCAGUACCGGUAGAGAAGCAGAGUAGGCCACAACUGUAAGAAUUUCGAAACUGUUUCUUUCUUUUAAGAAACAAUUAUUCUUUCAUGCCAAAAUGAGAAUCUACAGAGAAGCGUUACUUUUAUAGAUUAAAAUAUACAUAGAACAUGAAAGAGGAGGGAGGAAUUUUGAUCUUGUUCUUCUGGGAGGAGGCGGAAGUGUUGUAUUUUCCAUGAAAAUGUUCUUUACUUUAUACACACAAUACAAUGAUAUUUUAUUUUUGUAAUAGUUUGCCGCUGCAUUUGUACCUUUGACUUUGAGGGAUAUUAUUUUCUUUUACCUUAUAUUUGGAAUCGAGAAAAGAAAAUUGUUUUUCUGGUAA